AUGGGGUCACCAAUUGUAUACGGCAUUCGGUUGAAUGUCUUAACAUAUUCAAAUAGGUGGAUUCAAAGAUACAUUAUCUCUCUCUUUCUCUUUCACUCUCUCUAUCUCUGUCCUUCUCUCUUUCUCUCUCUCUAUUCCUAUUUUGUUCUUAUAUAUCUAUCUCAGACAGACAUUCCUUUGUUUAUUUCUUUCAGUUCCCUUAGCAAGUUUUUCUUUUUCUUUCUUUCUUUUUUCUUUUUUUCAGUUCCUUUAGCAAGUUUUUCUUUUUCUUUCUUUCUUUUUUCUUUCAGUUCCUUUAGCAAGCUUUUCUUUCUUUCUUUCUUUUUUCUUUCUUUCUGUUCCUCAUUCUACACAUUUUUCUUUCUUCCUCCCUUCUUUUUAUCAAACCCAGUUUAUGCUUAUAUCCCUAGCUUAUAUAACUUUUUCUUUAUUUGCCAGUUUCUCCUUAUACAUUCUUUCUUUUUUCUUUCUUUCUUUCUUUCUUUCUUUCAUUCUUUCUUUCUUUUGUUUGUAUCAGACCCAAUUUGUUUUUAUGCACCUAUCUCACAUAUCCUUCUAUCUAUCUAUCUAUCUAUCUAUCUAUCUAUCUAUCUAUCAGUUCCUCCUACGAACUUUUCUUACUUCCUUUCUUCUUUCUAUCAAACCCCAUUUGUUCUGAUGCACCUAUCUUAUAUCGGCUUUUUUGUCAGUUUCUCUACUUAUACAAACAUUCUUUCUUCCUUCUAUCAGAUCAAAGUUGUUCUUAUCCAAAUAAUUGGCGGGAAACCGACAUGUUUCGUUAAAAAAACAACUUUUUAUUACUGCUUAUAUUUCUUCUUCUUCUUCUUCUUCUUCUUCUUUUUCUUCUUCUUCUUCUUCUUCUUCUUCUUCUUCUUCUUCUUCUUCUUCUUCUUCUUCUUCUUUUUUAUAUGCCGUGUCCUUUCAGGGAGUGGGCGAUCAUGUCUCUCCACAUAUGACAUUGUUUCUACCAUUCCACUCACUUGCUGUAAUUUCUUCCCAUACAUCUGA